UUUUAAGUUUAUCCUAUAAGUUUGUUGAUUAGAUUCACUAAUUUUAAAAUUAUGUGUCUAUAUUUAUUGUUUGUUACGAUUUUAAUGAAUUUUUAUACAUAAAUUUAUGUUCAAAAGCAAUGAAUCACGCCCCUAUUUGUACGGGCAGCUUCUUCAUCAUAUAUAUUAUAUAAACCCUUACUCCUUACAAGUUCUCAACCUACUCAUUGUACUUUGGUGGAAACAAGUACCAAAAAAGCUCCUUAAAUGGCCAAAAUUUAUCCAGAAACAUUCAAGAACUCUAAUUCUCCUUCGUUUACCUCUCCUAAUUAUGUGACGUCCACAAGAGAAACAUUCACUAUAUGGAUGAAAUCCCUAGUGUUCCAUGGGAAUGGUUGUACUGUCUUUAAUUCUAAAGGUGAAAUUGUUUUCAGAGUUGACAACUACCAAGAAACAAGUAGCAAUGAAGUAUUUCUCAUGGAUCUUUAUGGACAAGUUCUCUUCUCCAUUAAAAAAGAGAAGCUAAGAUUAUUUGGUCGUUGGAAUGGAUAUUUAAGCAGUGGAUUUAAAGGGAAACCAUGGUUUCAAGUGAGAAGGAAUUGCAAGUAUUUUUCACGAUUAGGAGAAGUCAUAUGUAAUGUGAAUUUGGGCUGUGAAAAAUCUAUAGGAAGCUGCUAUAAGAUUCAACAAACUGAUAAAAAAUCAUCAUUUAAAGUUUCAGAUAGUGCUGGUCAAGUUGUUGCAGAGGUAAAACAGAAACAGUCAUCAGUAGGAUUUGGGUAUGGAGAUGAUGUGCUAACUCUAGAAGUGGAACCCCAUGUUGAUUACUCGUUUAUUAUGGCUCUUGUAACAGUAUGCGGUUUGAUUAAACGAAGAUUAUAAAAGAACAACUAGACAGAUAAUGAGAAAUUGACACCUAUAAAGUAUAGGGGCAAGUACACAGAUAGUCAUUCUCAAGUAUGCUAUUUAGAGAUUAAUCAGUACUUAUUUUGUCCUGAAAUUUUAAACUAAAAAUCUUGACUUCAGGGCAACUCAGAACAUUUAUAUCCUAAAAAAUUAAACUGAAAAACUGAAAUUCAGGACGUACUGGCUAAAUUCUAAAUAGCAGCCCUUUAGAGUGGCUACCUGGUGUCAUUUCUACCAAAAGUGUAAUCUUGAAGAGUUCAAAGUUCAUGGGCUCCUCCGCAUGAAUCGUAUUGGGCUUCACGCUCAACUUGGGCCGUAUGCUGACUCAAGCCCAAUGGGGAAUUUGCAUCUAUACCCGCUUUUUGGGUCACGUUUUAACUUGUACCCGCUUUGCAAAAAAAUUGCAAGCAUACC